AUGCCUCGCGCCACACGCGUUGCCUUGCGCCGCAACAACAUCCAUGACUUGAAGGACCCCACAAAAUCAAUUGAAGGAUCAAAUAAUACGCCAACCUCUUGCUGCACGCGAAAUACCCUUGGAGAGAUAACUGGCAACCGAGACUACGAUCUCUCCCCGCUUGUACAAGCUUCCAUUCCGGCGGAGCUGAAGCAACGACUUUACGAAACCUCAACACAAAAGCCCACAGAGGAAGCAGCAGGUGUCCAGAUAAAAAGACCGAGAAGCAUACGAGAUCUAGUAAACCCCGAAGAUCUUGGAAUUAAAGUGUUUAGAAAUAUUACAUCCUCGGAUCCAAUGUUGCCAUUGUCACAGGAACAAGAUUCCCCCAAAUCACAAGCACUAGGGUUAAGCCCACCACGAUUUGGUCAGACUCAGCGGUUCGAUCCAGCAGUUCACAAAAGUCCGGUAAUGGAGGCUUUAUCAGAUCAAGACCAGCAAGAGGAUUCAUUCUUACAAUCUAUCGUUUCGCAGUCCCAUUCAAACUCAAAAGGCAAUGACAAAUGGGUUGAUAUAGCUGCGCGACCCACGCCAGCAAUGCCUCAACCCGAAGCUAGAAAUUAUCAGGAUAUCGAAGACCCUCUAGAUGCUAUUGAUGCUCUUGAAGAUGCGCUUGAACAGAUUGGACAGGCACUGCCGGUUGUCGAGGAGCAUGCACUUGAUUCUCCUGAAAGAGCAGGCACCCCGGUUGACGGAAUCAUCCUUUCAGGAGCUGCCAAUUCCGGGAUACAUCCUGGCAUAAAUCAGAAGAACGGUACAGAACCAGGUUCCAAGAAACAGAUUGUAUCUCGCCAACAACAGUGCGUCGAUGAUAAUGGGAGGCCACAAGCCAGAGAACAAAAAAUGUCUCAAUCACUAUUGUUUUCUGCACAAAAUAGACAAUCCUCCCUAACCACUAGCCGUUCAAUAAAAGGCCCUGAUCGGUCUGUCAGCAAAAGAGCCCAUUCAGUCCCAGAAGCUGCGAAAUCGGCACCCAAUUCCAGGAGACGCAGCCAUCCUAAAUUGUCCUCAAAUAUUGGCUCAAAUGAUGCAAAGUUAGCUACUACCAGACCCAGCAUAUGUAGAAAAAGCAGCCAUCCUAGCUUACCUUCGGGUACAGUGUCAACGCACACACUCGGAACAAGUAAGCCUCGUUCCAAUUCUACCAUCAUCAGUAGUCUAGCAAAACCCGCCUUUACACCUUCUAAAUCCACCAAAACCCCGACGCGCCCAACUUUCGAAUUGCCAGGAGAGGCCAUAUCAAGACGUCAGAGAGCGCAAUGGGAAGAACGUUUGAAGCGGGAAGAAGAAGAACUGCAACGAAGGAGAGAAUUUAAAGCGAGAACGGCACGAAACUUUACCACACCAGCAUUUCCUGUUAAAGAAACAAUUGCUAGUCGGAUUCGAGCGACGCUCAAGGCGGAGGAGGUGCAAAACAGAGUCUCUUCGGCUGAAAGCUCUAGAAACGCUCCAUCAGUGCAGCCAAAGAGGUCCAGCUUGAUUAUGCCUAUCAAAACUAGCUCCCUACGUACUAAUUCCAUAGGAAGCACUGGGUCCAAUCGUACUCCAUCAGGCACAAAAGCUAUAGGAAACUCAACGUCCGCGUCCUCAGCUGCACCAGGACGCCCUCUAGCUCCAAACGGCACCAACCGCAGCUUAAACCGCAAUGGAUCACGCUCUGAAGGCAAGGACAAGGACGAUAAUAAUGAGGGCGCAAUUUCACCAGUCUGUACUGUCAGAACUCCAGUUGCCCCUGCUACCAGAACAGAUAGUAAUACCCUACUCACGCAAAGAUUGCGGGGCAAAGAGAUAUUUGCUCGUGACCGGGUCCAUGAAAUCGAACGGGGCAGGGAGCGGAAGGAGAAGGAGGAGGCGGCAAAGAGAGCAAGGACUGAAGCGGCGGAGCGGGGCCGGUUGGCCAGUCGCGAGUGGGCGGAGAGGCAGAAGAUGAGGUUGAAAUCGAUGACUAGGAAUAGUCAGACUGAUAUGAAACGGGGGUAG